ACCGCUCCUGUUUGACUUUCGCAUUCGUGGAUCUCCUCUCUCUCUCAUUCACCUCCUCCUUUUCUGGGUUUCACUCGUUGACUUCCUGUUGAAAAGCAUAAACGACAGAGGAAGUGAAGCGGUGGGGUGAGAGCAGGGUCAGUCAGAAACCAUGUGUUGUACAGGAAAAUGUGCCCGCCUGGUGGGACUGAUCCUGCUGCCGACGGCCUUCGUCUGCAUGAUCUCCAAUCUGCUGCUGUUCUUCCCAAAUGGAGAGAAGCUGAAGAAUUCAAACAUCUCCUUGCAGGUCUGGCUCAUGGGGGGGCUCAUCGGAGGAGGCCUCUUUAUGCUGUGCCCGAGCUGCUCGGCUAUCAGGGCAGGGGGCAAGGGUUGCUGUGGAAAGGGUUGCUGCGGCAACCGUUGUCGGAUGUUAAACUCAGUUUUCUCUUCUGCAUUUGGUCUGGUUGGAGCGAUUUACUGCACUAGCGUGGCCUCAGCCGGUUUGGCGAUUGGACCAAAGUGCCAGCUGAACAAUAAAGACUGGAAAUACCCAUUUGAGGACACGGGCACGGGUGCUGGCAGCUACCUUGUUAACCAGACAAUGUGGACGAUCUGCACAUACCCUGAAAAUGCAGUAAUGUGGCACGUGGUGCUGUUCUCUAUCCUCCUGAGCAUGGGCAUCCUGCAGAUGGUACUCUGUGGCAUCCAGGUCGUCAACGGCUGCAUAGGCUGCAUCUGUGGAGACUGUCGGGACAGCAACGAUGACGACGGUGGACUUUAGAGCUGAAGUAGACGCUCCUGUUGGGUCCUGCCUGCUCUGUUAAAUGUCUAUAGAGAGGUGCAACGUUUCUGUGAAGAAGCCUGUUGAGAUUUGAUCUUUUUGAUAAUCUUCGAUGCUCUUGUUUCAAACAUAUCAACAUUUUUUGGGGUGAUUUUUUUUUGUUGUCUUAUUUUCUUGCAACUUUUGUGACAAAAACAAUUACUGGAUGACAAGUAAACUCCUUAAAUGGACAAAAAAACUGUAUUUUAACUAUCUGUUUGUAAAAGACUCCAUUUAUCAAAUAAAUGUGACAAUUUCA